GGACCUGGAGUUCUUCACAGCGCUCCUGUGUGCAGAUUUGCCAUGCACCUCUUGUCUAAACAUUCAGAGAUCACCAAUACCGUUGACUUGCUGCCAUUGCAUGUGUCACUGGCAAACCUGCAAGAGCAGACGCAGGAAGUGUCCUUGAUGUUGAGGCAUGUCUGGUGCCAUAGCUCAGCUCUGGCCAGCCCACAGUAUGAUGUCAGGCUCCUAGAGAAGCAGUUACUGCAGCAAUCAUUCUUUAAACUAAUGCAUGCUAUUCAAAGCUUGUUCCCUGCCAACCAUCAACCUGACUGGAGUGCAGCUUUGAAAGAUCUUCAGUCAACAGAUCAUUUCUCUGGACAGUCUUUUGGAGAGUUUCAGAAUAUUCUCACCAGCAAUCUUCAUAGUUUUCCCAGCCACAUCUCAGCUCUGUUGCCUAGAUGCCUGGAAGUUGUCCAUGAUGCAUUGCGUGAGACGAACCCUGACAGAUUGGUGCCUCUCGUAGGCCAUGGUCUUGUGUAUGUGGGACUGCUGCUGGCCCACUUCCUGUCCCCAAAGGGGCCCAUUGAUCCUGUGGAGAAAAAUCGGCUGAAACUAGGCCACAUUGAUAAAGAGCUUGAAGAACUGGAGGCGGAGCUGUCCACAUGGAACCAACACCUUCAGAUGAGAACAGGAAAGGGCAUCAGUGAGACACACACAGAUCACCUCCACCCAAGAGUACUGGCCCAGCUACAGAGGCAGGAGAAGCUGAAGGCUUCCAGAAGGAGGCUGGAGCAGUCCGCAGCUUACAGGCCAGACCAGAUACAGUACCUCCAGCUUUCCCAGGCUAUAAGUAGCUUUAUGGAGAACAGCUGCUCUGUGGGUAAAAUAUCAGACCUGGUGAGGAGGCUUGGCAUCAACGACUCGUCAUCCGGUCAUCAGGGAGAUGUGUCUCUGACCGCUGCUUUACAGGAGGAGCGGGUCUGGCAGGAUACCACGGAGAGGUUCAUCCGGCGCCUCGUAUCCACCUUUCAGUGCUACAUGGAUAUUGUGGUGCCGUUUUGUGUGGGUGUGCAGGAGAUGAAACUGGGUCUGCGAUUACUGGCACAGAAUGGUCACAAGUCAUUGAAGAUUAGGAAGCUUGGGUCCUAUCAGAACAUAACAUCAUUGGUUGGCACACUCUGCUCCUUCCCAACUAUCAACCAGGCAUUACCAGAUCUCUUAAGUUUAGCAAACCAGAUGUCGUCCAGCAGUGUCCAGGAUGCGGUUGUGUCUGUGCUACUGUCAUCUAGUGCUGGAGAUGAUGUCAGAGAGGAGAUGCGGGCAGCAAAGUCUAGAUUGUUGCUGUGUGCACUUCUGCUCCUGAAAGCCCACAGCUUUAUCAGCAGACAUUUGGACAGCAACUUUAUUGCAACCUUGUCUGGUAUCCUCCACCGGUUCACGUCUGCCUGGGCUGAGCAAGAGGAGCGAAGAAAGCAGAAGGAGGCAGAGGAAUCAGCUUUGUUCAAAUAUAAGGAGCAAAUACAUGGCGAUGAAAGAUCUGAAAAUGAGAAGGAAGAGGCAGAUUUCAGGGCAGCUUAUCCCUCUUUUGAACAGGACUUCCUGGAUGUGACUGGAGCUGUGCGACUGGAGGAUAUUGGGCUGGAGAAGGGGCAUGAACAACCUGCGGGCAGUUCCAGGGUGAACUCCCUUGAUGGCAUUUCUCCAAAGGAGAUGGCUCAGGUGUGCUCGGCUCACAGUGAAAUCCUGAUCACACUGGCUCAGGCCGAUUGGCUGGAAAGAAACCCCAGUGACAGUGUUGCUGAUGUAUUGACUCCUGCUCUCAUGUCGUAUCAGAUUGGUACCACAGUUGUCAGAACUGCUUUUGAUGUGUUAGAUCCAGAGACAGAUGGUCAGGUUUUGGGAUCACAUUUGUUGGUUGGAGGAUCUGUUCUUCAGUAUUUGGAACUUCAGAAUGGCAGUUCUGUGAUGCAGGAUGUCUUGAAGAAACCUUCUCGCAAGUCAUACAACAUCUAUUAUGAUGCCAACGUACCAGAGGUGAUGAAGUGCAAGGCCAUCAUAGACAGCUUGAGGAAGAGAGUCAAGCAGCUACAGGAAGAGUGGCCUGACCACCCAACCUUGGUGCUGUUAAACCAGAUCAUGGACCGCAUCCUGUCCUUCUCUGUGACCAGCCCUGUUGUGAAGUUUCUGACAGGCUUGGAACUGCUGCUGCAGAAGGCUCAGGAUUGGGAGAGCAAUGCAGCUUCCUAUGUUUCAAUGGCAAGCCAGCUGAGUGAGAUUACUUCCGUUAUCGUCAGCUGGAGAAAGCUGGAGUUGAGUUGCUGGAGCAGUGCUUUGGACAGAGAAGAGGAGAAGUGUAAAGAGAAGGCCAGCCACUGGUGGUUCCACCUCUUUCAGGUGACUUCAGCGUUUGUUACCGCUGGCCCCUUACCCGAGGGCAAGGAUACAGACAAGGCUGCCAUCCUUGAUUCCCUGAAACAGUUCAUGGAGAGUUCAACCAUGGGAGAGUACAGCUUCCGUCUGCAAAUGCUUCUGGCCUUUCACUGUCAGCUUCUCUACAUGGACAACAGCCCUGUUCAAAAACAAUUGGUUCACAUGCUGUGGAAUGUUUACCAGUUCUACAAGCAGUACGAGCCAUCCAUUGAAGCAGAGGUCAAACGGUUGAGGUCACCUAUUGACAAGCAGCUAAAGGGUUUUGUAAAGAUUGCCAGGUGGAGUGACUUGAACUAUUGGGCCCUGAAAACCACGACAGAGAAGACGCACAGAACAGUGCACAAGUACAUCAAGGAGUAUCAGGCUGUCUUGCGUCAGCCCGCCAAGAGCAUGCUGGGAGACAGAGGGGAUGAUCUUGUGGCACAGGCAGUGAAACAGAUGUCAGGUUUUGCCUUGGAAGAGCAGAUCACCUCAUUCACACAGGCCAUCACAAGCAGUCUGAGGUCUGCUCAAGUAUAUGAAUCUUGCAUGUUCAAGUUGCCGUCUGCUGUUAGCAGUGAUGUCUCCUUGCUGCUCCGAAUGCCGAGUCUCUUUAAAAAGAUGAAGAAACAUUUGAUCAAAUGUGUUGCUGAUAGCAGAGAUGUGAGGAUGAUAGUUGUGUUUGAUGAUUUUACUGGUGAACUUAUUCAAGAAGUACAUGAGUUACAGGGACUUCAAGUUAAUAUGAACGCUGAGAAGGACAAGCAGAAGUCUGAAGCCCGGUCCUUCAAUAUGAGAAAACGUAAAAGCUUAGCAGAUUUAUUCAAGAUCUUGUCUCAGAUUGGACUGUCGUAUCGCAAAGGAGUUACAGGAAAAGCUGGCCGUGGUUUCAACAGUGCCCUGGAACUGCCUCCUUUGAACCUUCAAGCUCACCCAGACUUAUUCUGGUUUCCCCAGGAGCUGACCAUGGCAGACAUUGAGAGGAUUCGAGGUUUCAUAGAACACUUCUCUCAACUGUUCAUAGAACAGCGUGGCAGGUUGUCUGCCCUUGCAUCCAGUUUCCUGGCACUCAA